AUGGUCAAUAACGACAAGAAGACACGCGUCCCAACAAAGGCCGCACCUGCACGGAAGCCCGCCGCCGCGUCGCGCCGUCAAGGCACUCGAGGCAAUCCGACCACCAGUCCACUCCAGUCUGGUGAUCCAGAGAAGAUCAUCCGCAAGGCUCGGAAGCCCAAGGCAAAGCCCGCAGCUCGCGGCCCAUCACCACCCCCACCUACACCUCAAUCCCCAUCUCGAAUUCGAACUCCGUCCGCUCACCAAGGCACUGGACACAACGAGAAACUCUCCCCAUACCUCACUUCACCCCGAGUGACCCCUGCAACUGUCCGGGUUGCAGCUUCGACUCCCUCGGGUCCUUCUACUGUACAAGGUGCCGAAGCCCAGAUCGAGUCCUCUUCAUCUCGUCCUACCCCAGCCCAAGCCAUUACGGCUCCCAAAAACGCAGCUUCGGCUUCGCACACCCCAUCCGCUUCUUCCACUGUCCAAGGCUCGGGGGACCGAUUUUAUACACCGAAGAGCUACAACGGAAAGCGCCGCGCUGCGAGUUUUGAUCGGUCAAACCCUGGUCACGAAGACGUACAACGCCCAGCAAAGCGAGUUCGCGGUGAGACACAAGCUGAGGCACAAGGCGGGGCACACACUGAGGAGGAGGCAUUGCAACCAACUCCGAAGCCGGUCAUUCAUGAUUUGAAAAAGAGAGAGGUCAAGGUUGCGAAGAGAUCUAUUGGCAGCCUUUUGUCGCAGAUACCCCGAAAUCGCGAUAGCUUUCGCUAUCAUACUGUGCAGGACUACGACGAGUCACUCUUGUCUGAUGACGACCUCCAGGAUGCUCCCAAACCAAAACAACCAUUGUCAAGAAAGGAGCGAUAUGCGCUUGGUCAAGAGGUGAAGCAGACUGCGGUAUACUUCACGGAGGUUCAUAAUUUUCUUGAAGGCAAGCCCACGACUCUCGUUCACCAACGCGACGUGGAGAGAAAAGUUCAAGAGAGAGUCCAGGAGGAAGUCGAGCAGGCAAUCCGCGAGCACAGCCGCGUAGCUGCACAACAAAGUAUGACCUUGUCCCCAUCUCUUUUAGGUCGCAUUCAAGUUCGAGAUUCUUCUGGAAGAGACCAAGCCUUCACAGUGACGAAUGAAAAUCAGAGAGCAUACCUGUUUACAUUCCUAACCCAUCUGUCAGAGAACCAACUACCCCCUCGUCAUAAAUUCGAGGCCUUCCUCAAGCAGAACGUUGAGUCCAAAAAGCAAGCCCUUGCUUCGGAUGACGGCCAUUCUUUGGCUUCUCCAGCACCGGCUACUCUUAGAUUCCGUUCUGCAACUGUUGGAUCCGCCCCCGCUUCUCCGGAUCAAGCUCCUCAGCAGCCAUUUGCUCCGUCCGUCGGAUUCUCCAGUACCUUUGCUGUUCCUGACAGCAGUGACAGCGAUUCGUCCAUGUCUGAGAAUGGUCGUGCGCUGACCCCAGUAAGUGGUAACGUCUCCGCACAAGGAGAUGGUGAUGCCCGGAUGUCAGAGCAUGGUCAUGAUGAGAUGCCGAUAUCAGAAUCUGAGGAAGAAAGAGAAGUUACACAUCUUACCACACCCUCCGGAGUUCUACCAGAUGUUGCUACUCCAAAGCUUACACAAGAUAGCCGCCAGGCUGGUUGGACGUCGAGUGCGAAGAGUCUUCUCGCCACUCCUUUCAAAAUCUUUGGAAAGCUCGCGGAGCUUGCAACCCCUAUUGUCACUGAUGCCCCAACUGCAGAAUUCAAUUUCGACAAGUCGCAUAUCAUGCCACCAUUGCCUUCGACGUCAGCCCCACGUGGGUCCCGUAAGGCCCAGGGCAAGGCCAACGGCAAGAAGCGCAACUUCCAAACCAAUCGUUCUAACAGGGACAAGAGAAUGAUGACCAGAGGCCUACCAAUCCCUCCGGUGUUGGUUGACCCCAAGCUCGACUUUUCCGGCCUACUGUCAGAGGAACAGCUUAUCAAAAUUCAAGAUGAGCAUCAUCGCGUCUGGCUAGAGCAGAGGGCUCAGGAGGCUUUGGAUAAGGAGCUCUACGAUCAAAGCUAUCCGCAUAAGCCCACGAGGACCUUCACUGUUCCUGGCUCUCCUGAGACUGAAGAGGAGCGUCAAAAAGAAGCCGACGAAGAUUUCGAGAACAGCGUCAUGGAAGAUCUCGCUCGUGCAGCCAUUGCAGGGGAGGUCACUGUGGAAAGUAAUUGCAACCAGUCUCCUAAGUUUCUCAAGGCGCUUGAUUUCGUUUCUUUCUCCACCCAGUUAUUCUCUAACUGUGAUGCCCCUUCCACCCCCAUGGGAAAAUCCCAGAACUUUCGGGAGAAGAAGAAUAAUCCGUUUGGCUACACCUUCUCUCCCUACUACUCCCAGACCCUUCGGGAUGUUGAGAUGGUAGACGCCCCGCUGAGUAUGCGAGAUCCAAGCUUCAGAAUUCCGGAGAUGGAUGAUCGGGCAACACUCCACUACCGUUCCCCGGAACUCGCGUUGACCGGCCUCGCGGACGCAGAGAGAGUUAGGGAGAAGUGGAAAGAGAUUGAGUGGGACGAGGAUGUCGCAUUCGAUCUCUUCUCCGUCCUCUACAAGAGAGCCCUCAUGUUUGUCUCACAGAACGAUGCUCGCAAUGGAGGCGCCCUACUGUCUGAGAAGAAGUACCUUCUCAAGUUGACGAACAGAUGGUUUCUCCUUGAGGCAGGCCGCCCGGACAAGUUCUGGAUGGGGCGCAAGUUUGAUUACUGCGAAGAUAGAUCUCUUGAGAGAAAAUAUUUGCUAAUGAAGCUGCAAACGAUCACAGACCUCGACGACGCCGACAUUACAGCUGCCAAGAAUGCUGGACUCGAACCGUCAGGAACCUUCGCUCAAAAUCCUUACAGUGAGAGGCUCAAUACCCCUGGGCUUGAUCAUUUGCAUGAGACAUGCCCAGCUCCAUCGGUUCUACGCACGGUCUGCAGUGGUUUCGCUGAGAUUCCUAAAAAGUUGAAGAUGAUUGCCGACCACACCACUGAGCUUGAGAACUCCCCUCAUAACGACAUCGUAAAGAGAUCAAAGCUCGAUUUGAAGGAGAUGUGCGGUCCAGGGUGGGCCCAGAAGCGGAAGGCGGAGGAUGACGCCCAUAAAAAGCAGGUCGACUAUUGGAUGGCAUCGUUCGAGGGAAAGUGCGAGCAUUGCCAGAAGGCCCUCAGAGCUCUCCGCAAGUCUGAUGCGGAUGAUGGAUUGAGUGAGCCGGCCAGCGAGCCGUCGAAGGUGGUUGAGGCAUUGUCUCCCACCAAGAAGAGCACUUUGAACAAACCCCCCAAACUGUCUCCCACCAAACUGGCUCCCAUUUCGGAGAAAUAUAUGGCGCUUCUGAAGAAGGACAUGGAGUUUGAAGUGAAAGUGGAUGUUGGUGCGUUUAACCUUAGGCUUGGAAAGAUUGUUCUGUAA